UAAUUUAACUUUGGGGGGCAGAUUUGUCAACAAAUCUGCGUUAGUUUGCUGUUUACUUUCAACGAUACCAGUCUUCAAAAUGAAGAUUUAAAAGUGCUCAAAAGUUCACAAAAGAGUGGAUGGAAUGACAGUGUUCAGAUACAUAAAAAAUGUGGGAAAAAUUAAAAGACUGGAAAAGAGAGUGCCUCAUAAUUUAAAUGAAAGUCAAAAAAAUCGAAGAUUCGAAAUUUGCAAUUUAUUGCUUCGUCGACAUGCUAAAGAGCCUUUUUUGAACAGAAUAAUAACAUGCGACGAAAAAUGGAUAUUACAUGACAAUAAAGAAUUUUCGAAAGCAAAUUUACAUCCAGAAAAAGUUAUGAUGACAGUCUGGUGGUCCAUGGCUGGUAUCAUUCAUUAUAAUUUUUUACAACAAGGUAUGUCCAUCACGUCAGAAACUUACUGUGAUCAAUUAGAUAUGGUGAAUAAAAAAAUAACAGAAAAAAAAUGGACAUUGAUGGAUAAAAAAGGUCCUAUUUUAUUGCAUGACAAUGCACGACCACACGUGGCACGUUUAACAAAGGAAAAAUUGAAUCAAUUAAAAUACGAAGUUCUACCUCAUCCCCCUUAUUCGCCGGAUCUCUCUCCCACAGACUACCAUUUCUUCCCGAUUUUAGACAAAUUUUUAAAGAAUAAAAAAGCUCUGACUCGAGAUGCUAUAAUGAAUGUAUUCGAAGAAUUUCUUAGAUCUAGAACCCCAGACUUUUAUUUUAAUGGGAUAGAAAAUCUCAUUAAUCGCUGGCAGAAAUGCCUCGAUUCGAAUGGAGGAUAUUUUUAUUAAUGCAAUUUAACUUUGCUUAACAGUGCCGUUUUAAGGCAUGGACACUCUGGGCAGUCGUCAGGAGCCUCCAAAUAAAACAAUUUACUUAUAAAUUAAGUCUCUGCAAAGAAAUUUCUGAUACAAGUUAUAAUAAACUAAAUUAAAAAUUC